CCUAAGCAGCCUAACAGCACCGAUUCCCCCUUAGUAAUUCGAUACUUCUCGGACACCCCUAACAGCCGGUAUAGUGUAUUAGAUAACGAGGAAGACAAUAAGGGAAACGAGGUCUACUUCCUGUUUCCUUAUAAGCUGGUUACCUACGUUUCGGUCUUAAUCCGCGAGGUCACUAGUAGCUUUAACAACCUCGUCAAAAACCACUGUCACUUAUAUAAUCUAGCUGGGACCUAUAUCCCCGCUGCUGUGUAUAUAUCCUACGAUAUAUAG